GGAGGAAGAGCCGCCGCGGAAAUUGUGGAUUACCUUAAGUUUUUGAGAAAUGAAAAACAUGUGUUUUAUGGACCUGGUAAUAAAAGGUUUGGAAGGCCUUCAGAGCUUAUGGAAGAGUGUGAAAAUUGAAGGUCGACUUUACUUGGUUGAUACAAUAACAGGAGAUCCAGGGGUUCUGCAAGCAGAUGCUGAAACAUACUAUGAAAAACUCUUGAAGAAGUCACUGUCCACUCCUGAUGUUUUUUCCAUCCCUGGAAGAGGAGAGGUUAAACUUGAAGAUUCCUGUGUGUCUUUUGUCCCUCUCUACCGAAAUAAUCCUACUUGCAAACUGUUGCUGUUAACUGAUCCAAAGGAUAAAAAGACAGUUUUGGCGGUUUAUUUGAGCCAGCGCUGGUGGCCUGUGGAAGAUGUUGUGAAGACAGCUGAUCCUGCUCGAGAUGGGCUUAUUUUGGUCCAGACAUUUGGAGAAAGGAUUGUCCUCUUUGUUCUGAACUGCAUUAUUUUUGGAAUGCUGGAAGGGAGUUCAGCUAAUGAUGCAUUCUUUCUACCUCACUCUGCCACGGAGCGUGCCAAGAUACUCUGGAGGAACGGCGAGGCUGCUGCCUUUUACUCGGUCAAGAUGAAAGGGAGCCUGUGUGGUGGUACAACCAGUCAGUGUUACCUGCUGCCAGUUUUGGAUACUAUAUUUGUCCAGAGAAAGUACAGAAGAGGUGGCCUAGGGAUGAAAAUGUUGCAUGAUUUCUGUCAGUCUUUCCUGGCUGAGGAUGCCUUGGGGAUCAGCUGCCCUAUUUCUGCUGCCAUGUAUCAAGUAUGCCAGAAAUUCCUGCAGGCUCAUCCUGAGGAGCAGAAGCGACUGUGGGAAGUGGAAGCACCAGGAGAUUGGAGCCAGCGACUGAAUAUCUGGUUAAAAAUUCAGAUGGAGUCAUCCCCUUCAGGAAAAGCUGAAGUGGGCUCUUGUAUGGAGAAGAUUCCAACUACUAAACCCAGACAAUUAGACCAGAUGAAUAAGGGUGUUGACUGCUUUCUUGGCGUUGGGCAAGUGGCAGGAGAUGCCAUGGAGAAAGAAGAUGACAAAACAGCAGCAGGGACUCUCAACUCACAAGGCCCUGAAGAGGAGAACUUGGAACAAAGUGCAGGUGAUGCUCAGCAACGUAAAGGACUCAGGAAAAGAGAAGGUCCUGGGGACUUAGAUGGAGAAAAGGCCACCAAACAAUUUAAAAUGACACCAUAAUUGCAAAUUCAGAAACCAGCAAAAUUCAGUAUGAUCUUAAAAGUUGUAAUUGAUUGUUCUUAAUUUGUAACAAUGGAGAAAUUUCUCCAGGUAUGAUGAUAUUUUUUUGCAGUACGUGUUCUUAAUUUUAUGUUGUGUUUUAAA